AUGUCUGGAGAGUAUCAAGGAUCCCAAGCAUAUGGUGCCCAACCUGCAGGUAACGAAUCAGUGAACCGAAAUACUGGUUCUGUUGUAUAUUCCAAGCCUCUGGUCGACCUUCGGGGAAUCACACCUGCCAUCGACUGUGCCUUGAAUCUUACUUAUUCAGCUGGCCAGAGCAAGAGUUUUGGGCUCCCUGAGAAUUGGACUUUUAGCUUCCCUUUUCUCAUUCCUGGGAAGAGCGUCACCACACAACAGCGCACGUAUAUCAUUGAUCCAAAUUGGGCGGAUGAAACUGGGUACCAAUCUGGACUCAAGUAUAUCAACGACCAUGGUAUCAAGCUUGAGAACGUUGUCCCCAGUCAACCAUUGCCAUCCGGCCGUCCUGGUCAAUAUGCGUGGCGGUUCCAGAUGACUGACGGCACACUCGAUUACUACGAUGACACAGGAAAAGUCCUUGAGCACGACGAUCUUUUCGGGAAUUCAGUAUAUUAUAGUUACGUUGAUCCUCAAGCGAGCCCUAGUACUGCUCUCGUUGAUUAUAUUCUGGAUUCAUGGGGCCAGAAGGUCCAGUUUGGGUAUCAAAGCGGAGAAUAUCUCCAAAUUACAACUCCAGACGGCGGGCAGUGGCAAGUAAACUUUUCGGACCAGGGCGUUGAGAAUGUCGUCGAUCCCAUCGGCAAUCUUACUUCUUUCACAUACGUUGAAGCUGCAUCCGCACUCUCCUUGUCCACAAUUCGACAUCCAACCGCUCUGACAAGUCGAUUCGAAUAUCAGACACUCUACUAUUAUGACGUCAAUGGCAAUCAGUGCUCGCUCGCCGCCGUUCAAGACCAUUAUCGAAUGGACGAUACGGGUGACAUACUGAGUCAAACGAACUACAGAUUUGGCGAAGCAACGAGUGGAUGCACCUACACUGGAUACACCUCAGGUUACAGGAUCGGUGGGCUCACAGAUUCUUUGAUCGACGGAAAUGACGAUAAUUACCGAUACGAUACUCUGAUCUCAAAUCUUGAUGCUGCUGGUAACAUCCUUUCAGCAACUCGCGUUCUAUUCAAUUACUUGCACUUGCCAAUGCAAGAAUUCCACUACGGAGUUGACCAGAACUCUCAGUUGAUCGAGUCGUAUCAAGCCCGAUAUACCUACUAUAUCGCGAUAGACCAGCAUGCCCGUAGCACAAAUUACAUGUACCCAACCGUCACCGAGCAGCUGCAUUACAACCGAACCACAAAUCCCCCAGCUUACCAGGGCUUGCGACGAUCAUCUGCAACGUACGAUAAGUAUGGAUGCAUGCUACAGAACAUAGAAGAGAUCUGGGAUCCUGCCAAGCAAGAUUAUGUGAAGCAGAAAAGUACGCAAAGUAACUAUGUCAGAGCAAACUGGGGGGGAGAGAUGCUGCAAGACGAGACUUUCAUCGAUGAGGUAUCUGGCUUCCAUAGGAAAGUCUUGUACACUCUUACCGAUGAUCAGAAACAGAUUCAAUCCUCAAUCACUCAAUACCAAGAAAGUGGAGGUCAGAUACAACCCUGGAAGACCAAAUCCAUGCGGUACGAUACAAAUGGUAGAAUCACCUCCGAGACAAUUUCUUGGUCAUCUGGUGUUCGUAUCCCAGCAGGGACCGUAACUUCAUAUACCAACCAGAACAUCUAUCGGUAUGAUAAUGAUGGUUUUAACAUUGUCACUGCAACGGACGCACAAGGGCAUGCCACGAUCACGAAGUAUGACAUGAAAAGCAUACAAGGGCCGACAGUGUGGAAACAACUUCCACUCGGUCAGACUGAAACCUUCUCGUAUGAUUUGCUGGGCCGAUGUAUCCAGCAUACCGAUCCUUUCGGAAACCAGACAACCACCAGUUAUACUUUGGGUACUGGUGGAAAUACGGUGACCUCAACCAGCCCAUCAGGAUACGUGACAAGAGAGACAUUUGAUGUCCUUGGCCGAAAAAUCGAGAUGCGAGACAAUGGCGUCCCGUCACAGCAGUCCUCAGACCCGACCCGUGUGCUCUCGCGCGUAUCAUACAAUUCACUCUCACUGAUGGUUUCGGCUAUGGAUGAGUUGGGGCUCGUAACAACGUACAACGCUUACGAUGCUUUCAAUCGUGUGCUAUCAGUCACGGACCCCCAAGGCAACGUCCAAACAAAUGUUUACGACGACAGCAGAUUGAGCACGAGUCAUAGCAUCAACGGAGACCUUCGAGGAACAGCUCAAUUGGAUGGAUAUGGAAGGAAUGUGUUUACGACCAGCUACGCAGACUCCGGAGACACAAGUAUCCACUACUCACUUGGAAAGUCGUACACAUACGAUGGUUCUGGGAACGUCAUCCAAUCCAGCCUAUUGGAAAUUCCCACGAAUGGUCAGCCAAUCUUACUGGAGACAACUAACUCGACUUUUAAUGUCGAGAAUAGUAUCUCGAGACGACUAACGAGCGGCAAAAACGAUAUGACAGAUAACGCCUAUGACACUGUUCAGCGAGAUGUCGUUUACGACAUCUUUGGUUCAAGCUACACGCAAACCAAAACAGUGCAGUAUUACAACGCACUACCAACGGAGCAUCCUGGCGCUAUAAAUAUUCGAGACAACUGUAAUCUGUUGACUACAUACAGAAACCAGAUGGCCCAGGAAGAAAAAUAUGCAUAUGAUGCAAAUGGAAAUAUGACUACCCUCACCCGUUUCGAUGGAAGUCAAGUUUUCUACACAGCUGAUGCACUCGGAAGACUAACGAGUGUCACGGGUUCCUCUCAGAACUUGAGUAAGAGUUACUUUGAAAACGGCAGGGUAUCUCAGAUAUCGACCGACGUUGGAAAGACAGACUACAAAUACGCGUUGGACGGUUGCGCUGUUGCAGUUACGUAUUCGGAUACUGCCCAACAGACCUACCAAUUGGACCAGUACUCUCGUGUUUUCCAGGACUCAGACGCUCUACAGACGGUGUACCAAAACUCAUUCGAUGAACAAGGCCGCAUUUCAUCACGAAAAUCAACAACCAAUACUAUUACCUUCAGUUAUGGUGUAGUGAACCAUACGAAAGGAGAGCUGAUUGGCAAUGAGAUCCACGGAAGUCAGACCAUCAAGAAGGACCUGUCAUAUGAUGGUUUUGGCCGGGUAAAUCGUCUUGUGGUUACCCAAAGCCAGUCGCAGAAAACGCUACUGGAUGUGAACUACACGUAUAACAGCAAAGGCAAACUACAAGAGGUGGUUGUGUCCUCAGAAGCCCUUCCAUCCGUUCCUGAAUCUAACUAUCGGAGAGAGCUUUUGUAUGACGGGCUGGGCCAGCUAAGACAGGACACCACUGUGUACACGAACACCAAUGUGUCGACUACGAGAGAAUAUCUAUAUGAUGGAAAUUCUAACAUUCUCUCAAUUACAGUGGAUGGCAAAACAAUGAACAGAAGUUACAACUCAAUUGAUCAGCGAACCGAUCCUGGAUUCCAAUACGACCUCAAUGGGCGACAAAUUUCAGAUGACACGGGAAGGCGAUACAGCUACGCUUCUGAUGACCAGCUUCUCAUGGUCACCAACCAGCAAGCUCAGGUUUCGUUUGGAUACCAUGCCAAUGGUGCAUUAUCUUCACAAGACUCUUCGUUAGGUCAGACCACUUUUUACUAUGAUAGUGGAAGUGUCAACGCCACCGAAACGAAAGGUGCUCAACCUUCGGGUGCGUCAUACCUUCUCGCCUCAGGCAGUCGUGUUGCAGCCCAAUCUGCAGAUGGCUCAAGUCCGAGUACCUAUUUCAUCGAGAGUCAAGGCUCGAUUGCACUCAAAAUGGCCGGAGCAGGUGACACAUCCUCCUACUACGAAGCGUAUGGUGCUAAGAUUGAGAGUUCAACCUCUCCUACUGCCACACCAGCUUAUGAAUUUGGCUUCCAACAAGAACUCACUGAUACAAUGAGCGGACUUGUAUACCUACGUUCACGCUGGUACCAGCCCACCCAAGGCUCUUUCAUCACAAUGGAUAGCUCCCACAAAGAGAAUCGGUAUGCAUUCUGCUCAGGAGAUCCGGUCAACUUGUUCGACGGCACAGGUCAUUCAGCAACAGGGGCUAUGAUCGCAGGGCUCGUCGUGGGUAUUGCCGCGACAGUCGUUGCGGGAGUCCUCACUGGCGGCGCCGCAGCAGCAGUCUUCGGCCCUGAAUGCAUUUCAGCAAGCAUUGCGGCUGGAGCGGUUUCUGGGGCUGCUGGUAGUGUCGCUGGAGACGGAACGCAGGCUGCUAUCAAUGGAGAGAAAUUCACAGCCGCACGGGCAGGAAUAGAUCUUGCUUCAGGGUUCAUUGGUGGAGCUGUAGGAGCUGGGUCAGGUGGUACGGCGGGCAGAGCGGCUAUGGCGUCUGCUUUCGAAGCUGGCUGGAGUCAACGUGCUGUCACAGCUGUAGGAACCGCUGUGUCGGGGACAAUAGGAGGAGCAAGUGGAAGUUUUGCCAGCGGGGAGACGGCGGCUCUUUUGACUGGACAGCCACUGUUCAGCUCUGAUACAGCUCUUGCUCUGGUGACAGGUGCAGUGACAGGACUCGGGGGUGGUAUCCUGGAAAGCGGAAGCUACCUGGGCAUCACUGACAAUCGAAUAAUGCCCGUGGCGGUUCGUAGUGCUGAGGUUCAGGGCAGCACGGCGAAAUUUGAGAUCGCCAACCCAACCCCACGUCGUCCUGGGGGGAUUCUUCACUCUUUGACUCCGCAGGCAGAAACCAAUAGGGAUGAUUUGUGGUUUCAAGCCCGAAAUCGGCCGGCCUCAGAUGCUUUAAGGAUACCAGGUCAUGCUGACCCAUAUGAUACUGUGGUCGCUCACGGCUCUGGCAACACAGUCUUUCCGAACAUGACAACCACGGUCAAGGGAACUGAUGUGACUUAUCUGAGGCCGAUGAAAGGUAAGCUUUUCGCACAGCAUCUAGUUGAUGAUGGCUGGGUGAGUGGUUUCAGGACCGGCCCCAUCAAGUUGACUGUCUGCUUUGGUGGUUGGUCCAAUGCGCAAUUGAUUGCGGAUGCGUUGCAGAGGGAUGUUUGGGCAAGUUACGGCACAGUGGUGAUGAGUGGGGAGGGUUCGAAUUGGAGGCUUUUCACACCUCGGCCCGUGGGUUGA